AUGCCCGAGUUAAGACCAUCAAAUGAUGAUUUGAACGGAAUAUUGGCAGCCAAUCAAUCCAAUCCGUCAUCAUCAGACACCCAAUCCACUCAUCGAACCCUAAUCGGGAGAUGUCGAUUCCUGCCAGAUGUUCAAUCCUCCUACUUCACCCUCCGGGACGCUCUCACAGCUGAUGAAGGACCGGAUGUCAAUCUUGGACCAAAAAACCAUGAUGGGAUCUGGUCCGGGGGGAAUUUACUCAUCACGAUGAACGACGAGACUGGACCAGUGUCCGAUAGUACCAACAAGACAGUGAAAAGUUAUCAAGGCUUGAGUUGGGAUACCAAACAUGUUAGAGGGGGAAUGUACGCUGAAUCCCAAGACGGUUCCAAUAUUUACAUGGGGAGGGCCCACAAGGACAUCAGUAUAGUCUCCAAGAGGACUCUACUUGAUGUCAAUGAUCUUGUAGAGGGUUAUCAUUGGGUCAACAGUAACGGUCUGGACAAAGCAAUUGAAGAAUUGGAUGAGUAUGAGUACUAUGAAAUCGACAAGAUUCUAUCGCGUGCCUCCGAGUGGAACGGAUUUUAUAAUUCCAAAGUUGACGGUGCAUCCCAAGGUACUGAGGUCGACGACACGGAUGGUAUAAGCGGUCGGAAAACGAAUCGACAGAGAAUCAGACAAGUUGAUGAGAUUGAUUUGAAUUAUGAGAUCGUCGAGAAUUGA